AUGAGUAGAUAUCUCUUUGUUUAUUAUUUAGCACUUUUGUUAAUACAUUUUUUUUUUUUGUGUAAUAAGAAAGGGUUUCAUUUUUGUCACUCUGUUGUUUUGAAGAAAAGAACUUUUUCAUUUAAAUUGUUAAGUUUGAAUAAUAAAAUUGAAAAGAUCGUAAGUAAAAGAAAAGGAGUAAUAGAAAAAAUGGAUAUUAGUGAUAAGGAAGCACUUAUGGAUAUGAAUACGAGGAGUGCUGUUAGGAAUAAAAAUAUUCAUUUGUCUAUAAAUAAUUAUACGAAUAUAUUAAAUAGAGAACAUAUAAAUACAAAAUUAAUUAGAAGUAAUGUAUUAAGUAUUUUUAGUUAUACUUUAAAAUAUAUGAACAAGAAAAGUUUAAAUAAAUGGUUACGAAAAAAUAUUAAAGCUACUUUCUAUGAUACCUAUAUUCCUAGAAAUAAACCAUUGGCAUAUAUAAGAUUUAAAACUUAUGAUGAUUUAAGAACAUUUGAGAAAUUGAUAGAAAAUAAACGUUUUUAUAGUGAUGAUAGUUUAUCACUUAUUAAGAUUAAUAGAGUAUAUAAUAAACAGAAUAAUAAUAUUUUAAGAAAAAAAAGGAAAUUUAAUGAAGAAAAUAAAUUGAACUAUAAUAUGAAUGAUGAAAAAUAUGAAAAGAAUGAUGUAAACAAUACAUAUGACGAUGAUAUAAAAUUUUUAAGUGUUAAUAAUGAUAAAUAUGGAGAAUUCCAAUCAUAUAAUAAUAAUAAUAAUGAUACAAAUAAUUAUUAUGAUUGUACUGAAGGUGAUAGGAAAAAAUUUAAAAAAGAUGAUUUAUAUAAUAGUAGUAAUAAUAAUGACAAUAAUAAUAAUAAUAGUAAAUAUAAUUAUAAUAUUAGGCAAAAACAAAAUAAUGAUGAUAAAGAAUUUUUAGAUUUACAAAGUAUUAUAAAAAUAAAUAAAGAAGAAAAAUUUAAAAGUAUUGAAAAUUAUGUUACACCAUUUUAUAAAUAUCCAUAUCAAGAACAAAUAAUUAUCAAACAUAACUUUUUAAAAAAAUGUAAAGAUCAAAUUUUAUUUAAUUUGAAAAGUAAAUGGAUGAAACAAAAUAUUCUAUUUGGAGAUAUGGAAUCCAAUAUAAUUAAUGAAGAAAUUGAUUUAAAUAAUAUACAAGAUUAUUAUGAACAAAAACAAAAUAAAAAAAAUCAAACCAGUAAAGAUAAUUGUAUUAAUAAAACAGUAUUAACAGAUAUAAAAAAAAAUAGUUCAAUUACAAGAGAAACAUCAUUAAAUGAUAAAAUGAAACAAUAUGAUAUACAAGUAGAUGAACCAUUAUAUCCAAAUUAUGAAGGAACCAUUCAUUAUAGAAAUAAAUGUGAAUUUACUAUAUCAUAUGAUGAAAAUCAAAAUGUAGAAAUUGGUUUUGUUGUAGGCAAAAUGAAAACAUGUAUAAAAGAUGAUAAUCUUGAUAAAAAUUCAAGUGAAGAUAAUAAUUGUAAUUUUAGUGAAAACAAUAUAAGUAAUAAUGUUUCACCAAUUAAUGAAACACAUAGUACAAAACUAAGAAACAAAAAACAAAAACAAUCAUAUUAUUUAAAUCCAAUAGUUAAAAAUGUUGAUCAAUGUAUACAUAUUCAUCCAGCCAUGAAGGAAGUUGUACAAGAAAUGAAGUCUAUAAUAAAGGAAUCCAAUUUGCCUGUAUUUGAUCGUGUCUAUAAAACGGGCGUUUGGAGAUUACUCGUUGUGCGUAUGAACAGCAAGAACGAACUAAUGAUCACUGUUCAAACUUAUACUCUUGAUUGUAAAAAAAAAAAAGAAAUAAAAAGAUUAUUAAUAAACAGGCUAAGUAAAAACAAAGAUGAUACACCUAAAUAUUUCUGUAACUUUAAAGUUCUAUCCAUAUAUAUACAAGAACAUGAGAGUCCAAAUGAUUCCUUUGACCAAUCCUUAAAUGAACAUUUAUGGGGAAUGGAAUAUUUAGAAGAAACCAUUUUAGACAAUAAAUUUUUAUUAACACCUUCAUGUUUUUUUCAAGUAAAUCGUGAUAGUUGUCAAAUAUUAUAUAAAAGAGUUAUUGAUUAUAUAAAUAUAAAAGAAGGAGUCAAAAAUUAUAUAUUCGAUUUAUGUUGUGGUACAGGUACCAUAAGUAUUUGUGCAUCUAAUAUAUUGAAAAGAAAUGAUGUUCAUAUAAUUGGUAUAGAUAUUUGUGAAAGUAGCAUAAUUAGUGCAAAUAAAAAUGCUAAUAUGAAUAAUAUUAAAAAUUAUAAAUUUCUUCAUGGAAGAGUUGAAGAAUUUUUUUCAAAAGAAAUUAAAAAUAUAGAAACAAAUAAUGCAAAUAUUAUAUGUAUUAUAGAUCCACCUAGAAAUGGUAUAGCUAAUAGUGUUCUCAACAUUUUAAGUGCUCAUCAUUUAAUCAAUCAAAUUAUUUAUGUCUCAUGUAACCCUAUUACAUUAAUAAAGAAUGUAACAAAUAUAUUAUUCUUAAAUGAAACAUUGAAAAUUAAAAAUAUGGCCUUUGUUGAUAUGUUCCCUCACACCUUCCAUUUGGAGUGUAUUACAAAUAUUGUCAAAAAGGCAUAA